GAAAGGUUCUACUUCCGGAAGCAGCCGACAACACUCAUGAGCGCCGAAGAAGCAUCAGAAGUCCUAAGAUGAAACGAGCGUGAAGCUGAAUUAAUUUAGUUCGUGUCCUGGUUUAAACUGCGAUGGUGUGAAGUGCACGACAUAGGUGCCAGAGAGAAGAAACAAGAAAAGGGCGUUUCUGCAGAGUCCAGUCCACUGUGGUUGUUGGUGUUUUUCGGCUGUAAUAUAGACUCCAGACAUACAGCUUUGAGGCACCUGCUGUGUAAAGUUACUUCCUGCUCUUGGGUGGCAGUGAACUAACGUGAGGAGCUAAAGAGAUGGACCAGAACAACAGUAUACCACCCUUCCAGGGACUGGCCUCCCCUCAGGGUGCCAUGACCCCAGGUAUGCCUAUCUUCAGUCCCAUGAUGCCAUAUGGCUCAGGCCUCACACCCCAGCCCGUCCAGAAUACCAACAGUUUGUCUAUACUGGAGGAACAGCAGAGGCAACAGGCACAGCAGGCACAGCAGGCAAACGCAGGCCUUCCUGGAACGUCUGGCCAGACUCCUCAGCUUUACCAUUCCCAGACGGUUGCAGGCUCAACCACCACAGCGCUGCCCGGGAACACCCCGCUCUACAACACCCCGCUGACCCCCAUGACCCCCAUCACACCGUCCACACCAGCCUCGGAGAGCUCUGGAAUAGUACCGCAGCUACAAAACAUAGUAUCUACUGUCAAUCUGGGCUGUAAACUGGAUUUGAAGACCAUCGCCCUGAGAGCCAGGAAUGCAGAGUACAACCCAAAGCGUUUUGCAGCUGUCAUUAUGAGAAUACGAGAACCCAGGACCACGGCUCUCAUCUUUAGCUCUGGGAAGAUGGUCUGCACUGGAGCCAAGAGUGAGGAGCAGUCGAGGUUAGCUGCCAGAAAAUACGCUCGUGUGGUGCAGAAGCUCGGUUUUCCUGCAAAAUUCCUGGAUUUCAAGAUUCAGAACAUGGUGGGAAGCUGCGAUGUGAAGUUCCCCAUUCGGCUAGAAGGAUUAGUCCUCACACAUCAGCAGUUUAGCAGCUAUGAACCGGAGCUGUUUCCAGGACUGAUUUACAGGAUGAUCAAACCCAGAAUUGUACUUCUCAUCUUUGUAUCUGGGAAAGUUGUACUCACAGGUGCCAAGGUGAGAGGAGAGAUCUACGAAGCGUUUGAGAACAUCUAUCCCAUCUUGAAAGGCUUCCGCAAGACGACGUAGAACCUGCAGCUCUUUCUUUUACCUUUUUUAUCUUCCCCAACCCAGACUCUUUGUAGUCAGAUUUUCUUUUAAUUCACAAGAAGUACCAUCUAUAUGUUGACCUCUACAAGUGGACUGCUGUAAGGGCUGUUGUACAGGGAUGUGAAUCGUCUUUCUUUGUGUCAGAAACAGGAUUUUUACAGGUUUUUUUUGCUAUGUUUUCAUCACGGGUGAUGUCGUAUUUUUCACACAGACCUCCAUUUAUUUCAAAACUUUUAGUUAUUUUUGCUUUUUCUCUUGUCCUGAUCACAUCCCUGACUGUACAUAAGACUGUAAAGAAAUGUAAAAAGCGCUGAUUAGAAGAGAAGCAGUCUGGCUAGGACUGUUUUUUGAUUUUAAGCCAUUUUAAAUAGUUUUUGUAUGUUGCAUUUUUAUAAAUUGUCCGCUCAGUUCCCAAAUUUGAUCAAGACAUGUUCGGGUCUGACAGCCCCACAUUCCUCUUCCUCUGAUUUUAGUUCCAGUGACUGUUUAUCCCAAACCAACGUGAUCCGCUUUUUGAGAGUUUCAUCUUCAUAUCUUUUAAAUUCAACUUAAUCAGAUCUUGGUUCAUCUUAGUCCCGUUUUAAUGUUGGAAGUGUAUUUCCUUCUAAAUUCAAACAUUUUAAAAUGAGAAGUAUAAUCCAGUCCGUUAAGCAGUAGCUGGAGGUAGGGCCGGGCGAUAUGGAGAAAAUCAAAUAUCAAGAUAUUUUUGCUCAAAUAUCAUUAAUCAUUAAUCAAUCAUUAAUGUUCGGUUUGACUAUUGGUGCUUUCACUAAAUAUUUACACAAUGGGAUUUUUGAUAAAUAAUAAUCAGUAAUGGUGAUAAUAUGAUAAGUGGGUCAAUUUUAAAUAAUAUAACUACAACUAGUUAUAGCUACAACGGUCUGGUAAAUUCAAAAAAUGACAUCACUUCACUGUAAUGCAACCUUUUAAACCAGCAAAAGACACUUAUGUGAUAUCCAAAAUCAAGACGAUAGUUAGUCUCAUAUCUUUAUCGAUAUAAUGUCCCUAUAUUGCCCAGCCCUAACUGAAGGUGGAUGCUCUUAAUUUUUUAAUUGACAGAAGUUAAACUAAAUUGAAAUCUUGCUGCUGAAGUUGUUGGUUAGUUCUUUGAGAUUUGUGACACUUAGAUUGGGUUACAUUUGUACUUAUAAAUCAACCAGAAACAAAACAUGAAGAAAAAAAGAGUCCGUUGGUCUAAAAGUGGACAGCCUCUUCUUUUACUUCUCUUAAAUUCACAUCUUGCAUCUUAUAUUCACGAGCACUAAAACAUGAUUGCAGAUAAACUAUGCAUUGUGUUGCUAUGUUUAUGUAUGUUUUAAAGAGUUUUGACCAUUCAAAGUAUAUAUUUAAAAGUUUUCUUCCUGAAGAAUUAUUUUUGUGCAUAUGAAAAAUGUGAAUCCGUCGUGGUUGUCCAUACUGUUUGCUCAGUUGGCCAAAAAGUCGUUACAAUUUUGGGCACUUCUUGGCGAGCCGGUUCUGGUGACAGUCAGUGUAACCAUCUGUGUGUCCGUCACCUGACGUCUGUAUGGGCAGCAGAAGAGAUUAUGAAUUAAUACUAAACUACAUUUAGUAUUAAUUAAUACUUUCCUCUGUGACUCUGAUCUUUAGCGGUGGCUAAGCAGUAGAUCAGGGAGCCCCGUCACAUCCCAAUGCAAUUCUGCUUAUUAAAUUGUUAAUGUGCUGCACUGUGCAUUAAUAAAUUUGUACAUACUGGUUCUCUUGUUAAA